GCGGCGGCGGGGUUCGCGCCCAGAGCGCCCGCCCGUUCGCCGGGUGGGCGAGCGCACGCGCGGCAGACCUGUAGGAGCCUCCUGAGGCGCUCGCUUCCCAGAGGUCUGCGACCUCGUGGGGCUGGAGAUACGGUAGUUUGUCCGGGCGCUGUAGCAACAAAAGAGAUUUGGUUACGCGCCCGUUUUCAGUCCCAUUCAAGACGCCAGGAUUAAACAGGGAGUCGGCGCGGACAGCGAGAGCCGGACUUGAGAGAUCCCGCCCCCUGGUGCCUCCUGGAGGCGAGGCCGGAGAGUUCUAACACCGCGGUUCGCCAGGUUGCAGCGCGCGUCCUUCAUCCCAACAUGUGGAAGCAGAAGCAGGUGUGUCUGAAUUUGAGGCCGGCCUGCUCUACAAAGCAAGGUGCAGGCUAGCCAAAAGAAGGGGGACGAGAGCGGCGGGAGAGCCGGCGUAGGGGGAAGAGCACGGGCUGCCUGGUCAGAGGGUCUGGGUUUGAUUCCCGGCGCCCACUUGGCGCCUUACAACAGGCUAGGUCCAGUUCCAGCGGAACCAACACCCUCUUCUGGCUUCCCAAGGUACCGUGAAAGCAUGCACAGACACACACGUGUAGCCAAAACACCAUACACAUGAUUUUUUUUUAAAGAAAUAAUUUUUUAAAAAAGCAAUAUCCUCAGCAGAGCGUGGUGGCGCACGCCUGUGAUCCCAGCACUCAGGGAGGCAGAGGCAGGCGGAUCUCUGUGAGUUCGAGGCCAGCCUGCUCUACAGAGUGAGCCCAAGAAAGCCAAAGCUACACAGAGAAACCCUGUCUCAAACAAACAAGGGCAAUAUCCUCGCGCUCCACCCUACUAACCCUUCAGUGAAAAGGUCAGAAGAGACCUUCUUCCUUAGUUGUCGUGAGACUGAACAAACAUUUUAAAAGUCAGAUGUGGGAAGCCAGCCCCAGCUUUGAGUAUUGGUUGGCUGCGGGGAAAAUGUAAGUGGGAAGGGGCGACUGUCUUUUCUGGUUUUUCUCCGGACGCUGGCCCUAGUCUGGCUCGAGGCAGGCGGCCAACACUUGAGGCGUUGGGUGAAAGCGUUGGAUACACCCUGCUGGAGCUAGGGAUGCUCGCGAAGCAGAAGGGAAGCCGUGGCAAUACCCUGCUGAGCACGAGCCUUAGUGCUUUGGGAAGUGCGAGGUUGGCCCUGCCGAGGGCUGGUCAGUCAGCAGCAAACCGCCGGCCCCCGACUUCGCGCUGGAAGAGUCAAGUUAAAGAAGGAUUCGUUGCCAUUGCCUCCCUAGAAAGGAGGAGUCUCUUAGCAAACGACUCCUUUAAAAACUCUCAUUUCCUAAGACGGAAGAUCCACACCUCCAAACUUCUUUCUCGUUAAAACAAAUUCAGUCUGAAUGAAUCCCUCGAGCGAUCCUCGCGCUCCUGAGAGUGACCCCUCCGAGGAUCGGUGGUCGUGACGUCAUCGCGGCGCGACGACGAGCCGUCAGCGUCACUCCGGCGCGCCGCUCGGCGCACCGCGCCCUAGCCUGGCGGCGCUGCUGUCGUCCCUGUCCCGCUCCCGCCGCCAUGGACAACCCUGGGGAGUCGCCUACGGACAAAGGCGGGGAGCCUGAGGAGUCAGAGGCGAUGAGGGCCGCUCCUGGCGCCCCGGCGGCCGCCGGCGCUGAGGGACUCCCGGAGGAAACGGACGGGGAUGGAGACGCGGACCUGAAAGAAGCCGCCGCGGAGGAAAGCGAGCUCAAGAGUCAGGACGUUUCAGACUUAACAGCCAUUGAGAGGGAAGACUCGGCAUUACUUACUCCUGCAGCCAAAAAACUGAAACUAGACACCAAGGAAAAGAAGGAGAAGAAGCAGAAAGUGGACGAGGAUGAGAUUCAGAAGAUGCAAAUCCUGGUCUCUUCUUUUUCUGAGGAGCAGCUGAACCGCUAUGAAAUGUAUCGCCGGUCAGCUUUCCCUAAAGCAGCCAUUAAAAGGCCCUGGACGUGUGUGAGAAAUGGGGAGAGAUCCCACCCCUGCAGCCCAAGCACAUGAGGGAAGCUGUUCGGAGGCUCAAGUCCAAGGGGCAAAUCCCCAGCUCAAAGCACAAGAAAAUAACCUUCUUCUAGCUCUGGCCGAGAACGUCCGGGACUCUCUAGAGUUGUUGGCGCUCCAAGGACUCACGGUGCUGAUUUUAAUGUGUCUGUCACACCUGCAAGGUGGCGCAGUGUGGCUCAGACUUGCCUUCACUCAAUCGUGGACUGUCUUCUGGCAUUUUGAAGAAUUUCACUCUUUCUUGGCUAGUUUGAAGAUACAAGGCCUUUAAUAUCUCCAGGAGAGGAAAGUGCUUUCAGAGAGAAUAAGAGCAAUGGUGGCGUCACACUGAAGUCUGACUAACUUGUGACCAUCCGCUGUGAAGACAGUCACAGCAGCGAAAUACGUUGAGUGUUGUACAAUAGGCUUUCCAACUUGUGUGGAAAAGUUUAUUUUGUUGCAGACAAAAUUCAUCAUUCUUCCAGUGUCUAAAUAAAACUAGUCUUGUUUUU